AUGGGCCAUCAAGACGAGCCCAAGACUGAUAUCUCGCAAACCAUAAGCCGCCCUGAUGCCGAAGUCGGCGACGUAUCAAAUUACAAGGUCCAAGAAGCUCUCAACCCUGGCUCUGCGCACACCCACCGUGGGCUUCGACCUCGCCAUGUUCAGCUCGCCGCCAUCGCAGGUGGCAUCGGUGUUGGCCUCUUCGUUGGUAUCGGCAAAGUGCUAGUCAAUGCCGGUCCUCUCUCUCUUCUACUCGGUUACUUGAUAUACGGAAUUGGCUUCAUUUGGCCGUGCAACUUGUGCACUGCUGAGAUGGUGACAUGGUUACCCAUUCGCGGCAGUGUCUUCGGAUUGGCAGCGAGAUACGUGGACCCGGCUCUUGGCUUCGCACUCGGAUGGACAUACUUCUAUGCAGGAGCAAUGUUCGUGUGUACGGAAACUAGUGCUGUAGCAACUGUAGUCCAAUUUUGGGAUGUCGAUGUAAGCCCAGCCGUCUGGGUGGCUAUGGUCCUGAUUCUUUGCACUUUCUUCAAUCUCGUCGCUGUCAAGUGGUAUGGCGAAUCCGAAUUCGUUAUGUCGAUUACGAAAGUCUUACUGCUUACCGGACUGGUCCUCUUUACCUUUAUUACAAUGGUUGGAGGUAACCCUAAACAUGACGCAUAUGGGUUCCGUGCGUGGACCAACGGAAAUGCGAUGCAUCCGUAUUAUGCUGAUGGUGCUACUGGACGAUUGCUCGGAAUAGCAAUCUCGAUCCGUUUUGCCGUCUUCACCCUUGCCGGACCCGACUUCAUCAGUUUGUCCGCUGGAGAGAUCCAGAACCCUCGACGCACUAUCCCGCGACUUGCACAACUCAUCUUUUAUCGCUUGGUCGGGUUCUACAUCAUCGGCAGUCUGGCUGUUGGCAUUAUCUGUUCGUCGCGCGAUCCCGGUUUAAUGCUUGCCAUCAAAGGAGGCGAGCCUGGUGCUGCCGCAUCGCCAUGGGUUAUCGGAAUCCGCAACGCCGGCGUCACUGGCGGUCUCCCUGGUCUCAUCAACACCUUGAUCUUGGUUUCUGCCAUUUCAUGCGGUAACGCGUUCGUGUACCAGACCAGCCGUACACUGUACUCGUUAGCGCAGGAAGGUCAGGCUCCGAAAAUCUUCCUGACUUGUUCCAAGAGCGGUAUUCCCUACUACUGCGUUCUCGCUGUCACAGGGAUCGGAUGCAUUACCUUCCUGGUCGCAGAUAAUUCUGCCAUAACAGUCUUCGGGUGGUUUGUUGACUUGGCAACUUCCGGGCUCAUUGUCAACUUCGUCGCCUUCUUCUGGGUAUACUUGGGCUGGUACCGCACUCUCAAAGCUCAGAACUUUGAUCGCAAGAAUCUGCCAUAUCACUGCAAUUUUGCCCCGUAUACCGCAUGGUUUGGGCUGAUAUUUGGGUGUCUCAUCAUCCUUUUCCUGGGUUUUGAUUCCUUUGCGCCCUUCUCGAUCCAGUCCUUCAUCACCACCUACUUCGGCAUCGCGUAUGCUGUCUGCAUGUUUACGUUUUGGAAGAUCUUCAAGAAGACUAAAUUUGCAGAUCCAGCGACCGUGGACAUCUACCAUGGAAAGGCGGAGGUCGAUGCCGAAUGCGCUAUCUGGGAGGAAGGAGGUUUAGAGGAGAACGAGAAACAACGUCUGUCGGAAAUGAGCGUUGUGCGAAGGACUUGGGAGAAGAUUUGGUAG